GAAGGGAGUCUCUGGCCCAGCCAGGCGGAGGGAGGAGGGGAGGGCGGGGGCGGAGAGAGGCGGGAGCUGUCCAGCACCAGCAGCUCCUGAACUCGGCGCGCCUCCCCUCGCCUCGCCCGUGCGCGCCAUGUAAGGGCGAUGCGAGAGGCGCCUCCGGCUCCGCCUUUGCAAUGGAGGAAGAUUUAUUCCAGCUCCGACAGCUGCCGGUGGUCAAGUUCCGCCGCACAGGGGAAAGUUCCCGGUCAGAGGAGGAUGCCGUAUCGGGUGAGCAUGAAGUCCAGAUCGAGGGAGUCCAGACAGUGCUAGAGCCUGUGGAGCUGGAAGAUGGCGGAACGGUGCCAAAGGAGUUUGCCAAUCCGACGGAUGAUACUUUUAUGGUGGAAGAUGCGGUGGAAGCCAUAGGUUUUGGCAAGUUCCAGUGGAAACUCUCCAUUCUGACAGGCUUAGCAUGGAUGGCCGACGCUAUGGAAAUGAUGAUUCUGAGCAUCCUAGCACCUCAGCUUCACUGUGAGUGGCGAUUACCCACCUGGCAGGUGGCAUUGCUCACUUCGGUUGUGUUUGUGGGCAUGAUGUCAAGCUCUACCCUCUGGGGAAACAUCUCAGACCAGUACGGAAGAAAAACAGGGCUCAAGAUUAGUGUGUUGUGGACCUUAUAUUAUGGGGUCCUCAGUGGAUUUGCACCAAUCUACAGCUGGAUCUUGGUACUGCGGGGCUUGGUGGGCUUCGGCAUUGGAGGAGUGCCUCAGUCGGUCACUUUAUAUGCAGAAUUCCUUCCGAUGAAAGCCAGAGCAAAAUGCAUUUUGCUAAUUGAGGUGUUCUGGGCCAUCGGGUCAGCCUUCGAAGUCCUGCUCGCCGUGUUUGUGAUGCCCACCCUGGGCUGGCGUUGGUUGCUCAUCCUCUCAGCCCUCCCUCUUCUGCUGUUCGCCAUCUUGUGUUUCUGGCUGCCAGAAAGUGCCCGGUAUGACGUACUGUCUGGGAACCAAGAAAAGGCCAUUGCCACUUUGAAAAGGAUUGCCAAUGAGAACGGAGCUCCAAUGCCUCUAGGCAAAUUGAUCAUCUCUAGGCAGGAAGACCGUGGGAAAAUAAGGGACCUAUUCACUCCGCAAUUUAGAUGGACAACUCUUCUGCUUUGGUUUAUAUGGUUCUCCAAUGCCUUUUCUUAUUAUGGAUUAGUUUUAUUAACGACGGAGCUCUUCCAAGCAGGAGACAUCUGCAGCAUAUCUAGCAGAAGGAAAACGGUGAAGGCCAAAUGCAGCUUGGCCUGUGAAUAUCUAACCGAGAAGGACUACCUUGAUUUGCUGUGGACCACUCUGUCCGAGUUCCCAGGUGUCCUGGUGACCCUAUGGAUCAUUGACCGGAUUGGACGGAAGAAAACCAUGGCGCUCUCUUUUUUGGUCUUCUCACUUUGCAGUCUCCUGCUCUUUCUCUGUGUUGGCAGAAAAGUUCUCACUGUGCUGUUAUUCAUUGCAAGAGCUUUUAUUUCUGGAGGAUUUCAGGCUGCUUACGUUUACACCCCUGAGGUUUACCCGACAGCCACCCGUGCUCUGGGCCUGGGGACAUGCAGUGGGGUCGCCAGAGUCGGUGCUCUCAUCACUCCAUUCAUUGCACAGGUGAUGCUGGAAUCCUCCGUUUACCUGACGCUGGUCGUGUACAGUGGCUGCUGCCUCGUGGCUGCCGUGGCCUCCUGCUUGCUGCCCAUCGAGACAAAAGGCCGGGGCUUACAGGAGUCCACCCACAGAGAAUGGGGCCAGGAGAUGUUUGGGCGAGGAGUCCCCCGAUCCAACUCUGGCUCUCAGGGCUGAUGCAGGACGUGUAGGAGAAGGAAGCCUGGAGGUUUUCCCACCCCAAAGCCCCCACCUGGUCUGAGAGGCAGAAGACCUGGGCGCUGCCAUGGAUCAAAAAAGCUUGACCUGUUUCUGAGACUCCUUUGGGCUGCCCCCCACGGCUGCCGCUUGCGCAAAGAGAGAGUUUGGAGAGGGGAAGCGGGUGGGUGUUUGUGACUUGCAGGGAUGUGACUCAGCCAGGCAGAGAAAGACCGGGCCCUCCUUUGUUCUCGUGGUUAACUGCCGAGCUGACCGCUUCCUGUUGCCAAGUCAAGCAAAGCAACUCAAGGAACGCAACUGAGUCUCGGCCCACCUUGAGAUGAAAGAUGCUCUCGACACCUGCAAGCAAGCAGCCCCGUCUACAGCGCACCUGUCUCUAGAAUGGCACGCAGCCGGUUCUGUGCACUUGUGAAUUCAACACCAGUCAUGAGCAGCCAUCCAGCAUCAACCAAGUGUUGUGAGUCUGUCAGCGCUUCCUCGUGUUCCUUGCCAGAAAGGUUGGUUUCUUGAGGUCGUUCUGGGCACUAAAAAUCUGACACAGAGCACGGCUUGAGCGAGAGGCCAGUCCUAAAAAUAACAUCAUUUCUGAAAAGGUCUUGCUGGUAGCCUAAGAACAGAACUGCAUUUUUUUUAGUGGUUCGGUCCUGUGUUGGGUAAGUCAACGAAGAUUGCUGCUGUGGUUCUGGUUUUGUGUGUGUGUGUACAUGCAGAGAUUUGUGCUGGUUAUCACUGCAUGGGGUACACCUCCCGUACACUUUUCUUGGAUUGUUCUUGCAUCUGAGUUGCCAGUAUUAGAGGUCAGAGGAGUAGGCAUGGGACAUAAAUGUGCUCUCCAGGAUGACUAUAUCCGGGGGGGAAACAACUCUCUUCUAAUGCUACUACCCCAUGGCUUGAGAGCUGACGAUAAAUGUGGGGGUAGAUCCUGGUCUGCAGGAAACUGAUUGGUCUAUCUUGGAUGAUGCUCCAGAAUGUUUGGAAAUGUAUUGAAUACUGAUAGGACGGCCUUUGAACUGGGCAUGAAUCUGUCUUGAAGCUACGACUCUCAGUUAAGGACACGAGUCCUCUUGGAUUGGAAAUAUAUCCAGCCCAGUAACCUGUUUCUAACUGUUGGAAGAAACUAUAGCAGCCAGAUAUCUCUGGGAAGCUCGCAAGCAGGAAGCAAUGACGAUUUCUUUCCCUGCCGUUUGCAUCUCUGCAUUGGGAGUUCAGAGGUAUACUGCCUCAAGAUAUGCAGGUUCCAUUUAAAUAUCACAAUUCACAGCCAUUCGUAGACCUUUCUUCUGUGGACUCAUUGAUGUUUGUGGUACACACAAUGAGAUGUUCGAUAACAUAAAGGACUUCAAGUGGCAUCACAUCUUUAUCAGGAAGCCCCAGGUGAAGGCAGAAUCUAUCAAAGGCAGCCGAUAUUUCUGACGCUGAAGUGUGGGCAGUUCUGUGCCUGCAACUCUCGUCUGAGUGACGGAAUAGUUUAGGCCCACACUGAACUGUACUCUGUGGCCUUUCAGUAUUUAUGGAAUGUAUUGGAAUUAAUUACUCCAACAUUCUUCUGCUCCACUUAUUAACUGAACUUUUCAAGGGAGACGUAUUUUAAACCGAUGCACUUGGAAACGAGAAUCAGUAUUAAACGAAACCAAAUUUACUAUCAAAUUAAAACAGCAGCGGGACAGUUGGCUGUGCCUGACACCUUACAGAAGUUGACUAGGUGCCAGCUCAUGAAUGCCCAGAAGGCUCCAAACGAGGCGUGAGUCAACAGCUCCCUGGAGGGACAGGUGUGCAUGAAGCAGAGGAUGACCUGAUGAGCAUGUCCUAUCAUCCUGUGUGACACAGCUGCCCAUUUUGGGUGCAGCCAGGGGCAGACUGGGAAAUCAAAACAACCCAGCGAGCGGUGAGGGCAAUAGUCACUGGCUUGCCUGCUGCCUUUUCCUGUGCCACUAGAACGACCAUCUGCUGACAGGCAAGCUAACGUCUCGUCACCAGCACUGUCUGGAUCUGAGCCAUGCAGCUGGCUUCUAGGGUGAUGGCCCAGGCAAGUUAAAGGCCCAGUCCACCCUUGGGUGCUGCUCUUGGCCUGCACAUAGUCCUGCACGAUCCAAGAGUUUUCUCCCAUCACAAGGGAUCUUGGGGUGUCCAUCAGCUAGAUUCAAGUCCUGUAGCACCUUAGGGCACUGAUAUGAUUUGGGGGGUAUGAGCUUCCAAAAGUUAAUGCUCUGUCAGAUUCAUGAGAUGUAUGUUGUUGAUUAUGUGAUGAAGUUGGCUUGGCUUGGACUGAAAUGUCAUUAGUCUAUCUUGGUCACUGGCCAGGAGUUUCAACUGCAAACCGGUGAACGAGGAACAAAGCAACAUGGAUUGCAACCAAGUCUUCUUGAUGUCUUAUGGGUCUCUUUGGGAAGCCCAGCUGGAGAGGGAACAUCUAGUCAAAAUGUAAACAGCUUGUCUGUACUUCUCAACUAGGUCUGGGAAAUCAACACAUAUAUGGCCAGAAGUUUCACCCAAAUGCAAGCAACUGUAUGCUUUGAUCUUUUAAUUGUUGGAGGAGGGGUCUUAUUUGAAGUUGUCUCUGAGACCUGAAAGAGGUGGCUUGAUGACCAAAAAGCUGACUCAGGCUGGAAAGGAAAGUGGUUUGAGACAGUCUUUGCUUCCCAUAGUGUAUGAACCUAUUACUUUUGUCUCCAGUCAAACAGGCAUUGCAGGCUUUGAAAACCAUGCAAAAACCUACAGAAUCUGUUAUGACCAGAAAGACAAAAACAGCAAUAGAAAAAAUAUUUAUCUGUUUCCAGACACAAUUUCAGCCAUCAAGUAGAUAAACACUCCAUGGAGAUUUAAGCUGUUCUAUUCAAAGUGCUUUGCAAAAGUUAAUAUGAGCAUAGUCCUUCAAACCACUUGCUAAAAUGCCAAACAAUAUGAAAGGCCAAAGAACCUUGUAUGUAUUUUUCCCCCGAAGAGACAGGCAUAAUGACAGUGAAGGAACUCCGAUUCAGCCACCUUCAGUAGACAGUAAAAGUCUCAGGAUCAGAUAUAAGCAGGGAAACAUUCUAAGCUCAUCUUUUCAUAGCCUCAGCUGCUGCCUUCCAGACAUCAAAACCCUUCCGUGCUUUACAACACCAGGCUGAGACAGCUACCAAAUGGGCACUGGGAAGGAGGUACAUUUCACUUGCAUGGGAAAUCUACUCACUAAGUGAAAAGGCACUUGCAAGCCAUGUGGAGAGUUUCAAGCAGGGAUCAGCCAACGAAGCCCAUGAGCCGUGCCUUGCCCUCCCCCACUCAUUCCAGACACCGCUUUCCUCCCAGUAUUGCCAACUGUAGGAUGGGAAAUUCCUGUAGAUUUGGGGGUGGUGCUUAGGGAGGGAGGGGUUUGAGGGGGGCCAUACGGGGUGUAAUAAUGCUAUAGAGUCUACCCUAUAGCAUUAUUUGCUUCAGGGGGACUGAUCUGUGCAGUCUGGAGAGCAGUUAGAAUUGUGGGAAAUCUUCAAAGCCCACCUGCUUCUAAGAGUAAAAAACCAUCUUGGGCUCGAUCCAUUCUGCCAGCUUUAUGGCGCUGCCCCUGGGAAGGUUGCUGGAAAGGCUGGAGCCUGGUGAAUUUGUAAUGUCAACGUGCCCACAUAAAGCUUCUUGAAAUUCUGCUAGCUUUGUGUGUUUUAUUAAAUGCAAAGUGACUCGCCUGCAGCCAACGAGGAGAGCCUUUGUUGUAUAAUGAUGACCCUGAAGCAGGAUUGUCAAGUUCAACCAGACUUCAUGUGAGUCUACAGAGUUUCUCUUGAGCAGUGCUAAACACGCUUCUUAUACUUUUUGGUGAAAAAAACCCAACCACUCUGGAAUGAAUACAUGCUGUUCAUGAAAGCUUAGAAACGACAUGUGUUUGGGUUUUUUAAGAUAAUGAAAAUGACUGGUGUAUAUAUAGUAAUUCCAGAAGGGAUAGUUAUGUUAGUCUGUUGCAGAAGAACUAAAACAAGUCAAGUGGUGCCUGAAAGGCUGACAAAAUCUAUACCUGUGUGAUUUAUUUAUCUGUUCAUCUUUCAGUUGCUGCUGGACUUUUUGUUUAACACUGCAUAUAACAAAAUAUCCCAAAGAUACCAUCCCAAACACUGUUUUGAAUUUUUCACUUGGGAACGGUACAAUGCUGCUGGCGCAUUCUUUUAAAAACACAGCAGAUCUUGUGGAAUUAGUCUUAAUUGUGAAGUUCAGAAUUCUGCCCAUCAGUUUGUGAAAAGUGCAAUACUGUCCCGACAGGAAAGUGGUUCUCUGCAUCUGCUGUGAUGAGUGAUCUUUGUAUUUCUUGAUGCUUGCUGAAAAAGAACACUGAAUGUUUCUCUUGUGUUUGAAUGUACAGUUUUUAAACAAGGCACACUUUCAUGUCGAAGAAAAGAGAUCGAUAAACUGAGCUUGUUGCGUUCGAUUCUUGUUUCUCUGUUAAUAAUGCAAUGUUAGGUCGUUCAGUUCAACAGUUGGUAUUUUAUGUUGAAUAAAUGAAUAGUUUUUACAAUAA